GAGCAGGACAGGGGCGCGCGGGAGGCGCGCAGAGCUUUCGGGCUGCCAGCGCUCGCCGCGCCUGGGGAAUUGGGCUGUGGGCGAGGCGGCCCGAGCUGGCCUUUAUCGCUCGCCGGGCUCGUCGUUUGAAACUUUAUCAGCGAGUCUCGCCACUCGCCGCAGACGCGAGCGGGGGGCGGGGGCGCGGCGAGGCGCAGGCUGCCGUGACGAGGCGCUCCCGGCGCUGAGCGCUUCUGCUCCGGGCACGCAUGGCGCCCGCACACGGAGUCUGACCUGAUGCGGACGCAAGGGGGUUAAUAUGAACGCCCCUCUCGGUGGAACCUGGCUCUGGCUCCCUCUGCUCUUGACCUGGCUCACCCCCGAGGUCAGCUCUUCAUGGUGGUACAUGAGAGCUACAGGUGGCUCCUCCAGAGUGAUGUGUGACAAUGUGCCAGGCCUGGUGAGCCGCCAGCGGCAGCUGUGCCACCGACACCCGGAUGUGAUGCGUGCCAUUAGCCUGGGUGUCUCGGAGUGGACAGCCGAGUGCCAGCACCAGUUCCGCCAGCACCGCUGGAACUGCAACACCCUGGACAGGGAUCACAGCCUCUUUGGCAGGGUCCUGCUCCGAAGUAGUCGGGAAUCUGCCUUUGUUUACGCCAUCUCCUCAGCUGGAGUUGUAUUUGCCAUCACCAGGGCCUGUAGCCAAGGAGAAUUAAAAUCCUGUUCCUGUGAUCCAAAGAAGAAGGGAACCGCCAAGGACAGCAAGGGCACUUUCGACUGGGGUGGCUGCAGUGAUAACAUUGACUAUGGGAUCAAAUUUGCCCGAGCCUUUGUGGAUGCCAAGGAAAGAAAAGGAAAGGAUGCCAGAGCUCUGAUGAAUCUUCAUAACAACCGAGCUGGCAGGAAGGCUGUAAAGCGGUUCUUGAAACAAGAGUGCAAGUGUCAUGGUGUGAGCGGCUCCUGUACCCUGAGGACAUGCUGGCUGGCCAUGGCCGACUUCAGGAAAACGGGUGCCUAUCUCUGGAGGAAGUACAAUGGGGCCAUCCAAGUGGUCAUGAACCAGGAUGGCACGGGUUUCACUGUGGCUAACAAGAGGUUUAAGAAGCCAACAAAAAAUGACCUCGUGUAUUUUGAGAAUUCUCCAGACUACUGUAUCAGGGACCGAGAGGCAGGCUCCCUGGGUACAGCAGGCCGUGUGUGCAACCUGACUUCCCGGGGCAUGGACAGCUGCGAAGUCAUGUGCUGCGGGAGAGGCUAUGACACCUCCCGUGUCACCCGGAUGACCAAGUGUGAGUGUAAGUUCCACUGGUGCUGCGCUGUGCGCUGUCAGGACUGCCUGGAAGCCCUGGACGUGCACACGUGUAAGGCCCCCAAGAACGCUGACUGGGCGACCCCCACAUGACCCCAGCAGAGGUCACCAUCCACCUUCCCUCCUGCAAGGACUCCAUUGGAUCUGCAAGGACGCUGGACCUUUGGGUUCUCUCUGGGGGGAUGUUUCCUAAGGCAUAUGGCCUUUGUCUCAACAGAAGCCCCCUUUUCCUCCCCGGGGCCCUAGAACUGGGGGCCACGUGCUGCACAUAAAGCAUAUCUUAUUCUGUCUGUCUUCCUGCAUUCUGGGGGACCUCUCUUCCUAGUGAGUUCUCUUUGGAAAGGGCAUGACAGGCUGUUCCAGGGGGAGGCUGGCAGGCCCAGACCACUGUCUCCAUCCACCUAGACUUUUCCUCUUUCUAGAGCAAUUGGCCAGGCAGAAAAAAGAGUGUCUCAAAGGAGCUUUCUCUAUGUCUUCCAACAAAUGCUCCCAGUUAAAAAAUUCCAUACUUCCCUUCGAUGAAUAAAGAAAGCACAAUCAACUGCCACUGAAUUAACUUUAAUUCUUGAGAAAACCAAGCAAGGCUUUUGUCUGAUCAAGUGUUUUCAUAGCCACCAGCCCCAGGGGCCAUUGGUCAUUGCCUGGAGAAGGAUGGCUUUCAAUAAACUUCAGGUUUAAAAUGCAUAUUUUCCAAUAAAUGCCCACAAAUAUGGCCCUUAUUGCCAUAUUAAAAUCUGAUGUAGCAAGGUGAGAAUGUGUGUCCUUGGGUACAGUGGCAUGUUCGGUCUUCGCAAUAGCAAAAGCCUCAGAAAGCGACUGCUCUGCAUUACCAUCUCUCGAUAUAAAGAAUCUUUAGGGGAUGAGACCUCCUUCUCACUUAGGAUCUGAAGGGAAUUAAAAGAAGUUGGACGAUCUGACAGCAUUCUCUAACUGUUGGGUGAAUAUGGCAGAAAAUAAUUCAGUGCGUGGAAUAUCAGAAAAUGUGUCUGUACAGAUAAAGAAAAAAGAGGAGAAUAAAAUUCCUAUCUGGUAUUUUGCAUGUGACCCA